AAAUUUUUAUAUCAAUUCUUUAGGUAAUAGGAAUCAUAGAGAAAAUUGUGAUAGAUAUGGAUGUGGGGGGCAUCAGCCUGCCCAGUAUAAUUUAUACUGCAGUAGACUUGGGUGAAGGAGAGCAACUGCAGUCAGAUGACUCUGCUGAUGUGGUACAGUCAGAUGACUCGGCUGAUGUUGUACAGUCAGAUGACUCGGCUGAUGCGGCACAGUCAGAUGACUCUGUUGAGGCUGCACAGUCAGAUAACUCUGCUGACCUUGCCCAGUCUGACACAACCUUCAUGGAUGCAGAGGAUUUGUCUUACGCAGCGCCUGCAAGCUUGUGCCACGGUGCAGUAGACGAUGAGUCCUGCCAGUUCCUGCUGGAUGCCACCUCAGACAAUGGUAGCUGCACUCCUUCACCUGCUGCUCCUGUCUAUGGUCUCCUGCAUCACCAUCAUCCACUAGCUUCCUUCAACCAACACUCUGCUGCUAAUAUUUCCCCUGAGCUGUGCAGUAGUGUGGUUAUGCUCACUGACAGAGCAGGACCUGUGACAGUUCUUAACUCUGAGCACCUGUUCCUGCCUCACCACCUGCCAGAUGCAGGCACCCGCAGCCCCUCCCCCAGCGACUCGUCCUCACAGUCAUCAGAGUCACAAGAAGGUCUAGGGCUGCUGUCUCUGCACCAAUACCAGGCCUUGUGUGGCACCCCUCAGGACUCCCCACAACUCAACUACUCCACCCUGCCUCCUGACCACAUCAUUGCUGGCAUGAAGUGUGCUCCUCUAGACCCACUUAACGCAAUGCUGGUGGCGGGUAAGGAGGAUCUUGCCACCGCCCAAAACCUCAACAAAAAGAGGUACGAGGGCCGCUGCCUUGUGGGCGACAUCAAUAUCGACGCUCGCUACCGGGACGCCUUCUACGUUAAGUGGAACUGGACGAAGAUACGCCAGACGUGCGCCCUCGCCUACCUCGCCCUCCUGCUCGCCCUCUUCGUCAUGGGCAUCGCCCUGCUAGUGCAGAUGCCGCAGGGGCAUGACUGCGACCCGGUGCGGCAGUGGUGGCAGGGCGCCGUCAGCUACCAGGUGCUGGUGCCCUCCUUCAAGGACACUAACGACGACGGCGUCGGCGACCUCCAGGGCGUCGUGGCCAAGCUCGACUACAUCGAGGGUCUGGGGGUCUCCAUGGUGCGGCUGGUGCCGGUAUUUGAGCGCGCUGAGGGCCACUACGAGCGGCUGUUGCUCCCUCAGGACCCUGAGCCUCAGCUUCCUCACCCAGCGCCUGAGGUGGUAUGGAACCUGACGCGCGUGCACGGCGCCCUGGGCAGCAGCAGCGACGUGCAGCUGCUGGCGGCGCUGCUGCACGUCAGGGGCAUGAAGCUCCUGCUCGACCUGCCCCUCAGCCUCGGCCUCAACACGCAGCACCUCGUCGUCCCCGGAGUGACGGCGACCUGGCCGCCCCCGGAGCGCGUGUCCGUGUCCGCAGCCCUGGCUGAGGCGCGACGUGCGCUGCCGUAUUGGCUUCGUCUCGGCGUCGACGGCUUCGUCUUCCCUGACCUGCAUGAGCUCGUGUCCGAACACUCGGCCCACCUGGUGGUGGAUGCCGUGGCUGAGUGGCGGCAGCUGUUGGAUGUGUCGCCCCGUCGUGGCCAGGACCGCAUCCUAGUCCUGACAUCCAAACUCAUCCACUCCCUACCUGGUGGCAGCCCUGCGCCUCACUCUUCCUCGCACUCGCUAGCUCCUGAGGAUGAUUUCCUGGGGGACUUGGCAAAACAUCUUGAAAACGGAAAUGAACUCUUUGAAUGCGCCUCCUGUACUCGAUACCCAAACAACAACGGAAACGACCCGGACCCUCACUACGGAAUCAACCACGACUUCUCCUACCUCCAAAACGACAGAGCUGCCCUCCUCGACCCUUACGAGCCGGAGGACCGAGCAGGAUGUCGGAUAUAA